ACGAACACAAGUCUGCACCGAGCAAGCAAAGGAAGGCACAUUCAGUUUUGCCAUCCGCCAAAAAGGAAAAAAUGGGUGGUACCUCGCUAGCCAAAAAAAAUAUACGGCACUAAAACCGCGUCUCACGCUAACCACCGAUGGAACUAAAUCCUCGGCACCCACUACCCAUUUAGAUUGAGUCAGUAGUUUCCUUUUUCAUUCCACGACAUCCUCUGCACAUCCUUGCCGGUGGCGACUUCACCUCCACAUCCUGCCAGCGGCGACUUCAACUCCCCAUCCUGCCAGCGGCGACUUUACCUCCCCUUUCUUGCCGGCAGCAACUUCACAUCCCCUUCAGCCUCUCUGUCCCAAGAUCAGGAUGGCUCCAGGGAGGAUGGGAUCACGAUGCAAAAGGGAUGCCCUAGCAGAAACCACUCCUACUGAAUAUGAGAAACAGAGGGCAGCACAUGUGAUGAGGAACAACCAAAUGUUCCAACGGCUUGGGAUUAAUCAGCUGCGCACAAUAAUGACUGCUACAAGAGUAAGGAGCAAAGAUGAUUGUUCAGAGGAAUCUGGGUCUUUGUAUGACGGUGAGGACAGUGAAGGCUCUGAGCAAGAGGAGGAUUUCCAGGUUGCAAAAGGUGUACGUAGCCACAACUCAACUCAUGUUGCUGAAAAAACUACGCAAGGAACACGAGGACAUAAAAGGGUUGUGGCCCCUGGUGUAAAUGAACAACAAAUUAGAAUCACUAGGCAAAGGAGUGCUACCAUAAACCAACAAUCCUUCCUAAACCUAACUACCACUACACAUCCUAGUUCAACAGCUACCACAAACCAAGAAUCCACCCAAAACAUUACUUAUGCAACACAAUUUACUUCAAGUGCAGCCGCUGAACAAAAUUACACCCAAGGCCUGACUGCUGCUGCACAAGCUAAUUCUCCCAUACAAGCUGACAUCAGCGACCACAUUGCAGAUGAAGGCAAGUGAUUAUUUAUAUAUGUAAUUUCAAUUCUAUUGUUAUUCAAUAAAUUUAUUAGUUUAUCCUAGGCUAGUGAACCUGCAUAAGUAAUUCAAGUUGUAAGUAUAUGUCCAAUUAUUUUUUAGAUUUGGCACUAAAUUGCUUUUUACUCACUCCAAUAACUAGAAUUGUACCAAGGCAAAGAAGUAUGGGCAAACAACUUGAAUCCUUGAGCAGAGGGUUAGGCACUAAGAUUCCAAUCCAAAUUUAUGAUGGAAAGCGAAGGCCAGAACCCCCUAUUCAGGCCGCAAAGUUUGCAUCAGAGGGUGGGAUCAUACUCAGGCAACAUAUUCCAAUAUUUCCACACUGGAAGGAGUACAAGAAGCAAGAGAACGAGGGCAAAAUUACAGACUAUAUUGGCAAGC